AUGGGUUCAAGACUUGCUUGGUAUGCUGGUAUCUCCACUGCUUUGGCGGGUGGAAUCCUAUUUGUCUUUUCUAGUUUCAUGUACGGACUUCAACGACUCUGCUACGGCCCUCUUCGUCCCAUCGAAAUCGAACAAUUAUACGAGAAAGCUUGGUUCGCCAUCACAGAAACAUGUCUCGCCAUGACCAUAUUCAGGGAGGAAGUUGGGGCUUGGUUCCUUGUAAUGUUUGUCGCUCUUCUUACCGGCAAAGUCUGGGGAUGGAUAGGUGAUGGACGAGUUGAGAUCUUAGAACAGCAACCACCUGCCAAUCCGAAACUCUUUCAUAUUCGAUUAUCCAUAUCUUUGGCGAUUUCGGUCUUGUAUGAUGCAUGGUUGAUGAGUUAUACAAUUAAUACGGUGAUUCAACAGGCGAGGCCGAAUAUGAUGGUCAUGUUCCUAUUUGAGUUUGCGGUUUUAACUGUCUCAAGUUCUUCCACGGCUUGUAGAUAUAUCAUCUCGGUGAUGGAAUCGAGGGUAGUUAAGAAGCAGACACAGGAGAGACUAAUUGAGAGAAAGAGAGAGGUUAGGGAAGAGAGGGCAGAAAUCAUCAGGCAGAGAGAGAUCGCGCGCGCGGCAGCUGGUGAGAAUUAUCAAGAACCUACUACACCUUUACCCUCCGAGGACGAUAUUGAAGAAAUGGACAUUGAAGUUCCGGGAUGGGAAGCAAAGGGUCAAUGGGUUUUGACCCUUGAUUUGAUAACCGACUUCAUGAAGUUAUCCAUCUACUCAUCAUUCUUCUUCAUCCUUUUCACAUUCUACGGUCUACCUAUACAUAUUAUGCGAGAUCUAUUUGUUACGGCAAGAUCAUUCAUCAAACGGCUUACCGCAUUCUUAAGAUACCGCAGAGCAACUCACGAUAUGAAUUCAAGAUACGAGGAUGCAACAGUUGAGGAUAUUCAGAGGGAAGAUACAUGCAUUAUAUGUCGAGAAGAGAUGCGACCUUGGUCUGUAACAAAUCCACCGGUACCUGCUGGAGCACAACCCAGACCAGGUAGUGUCAAUGAACGUACAAGACCCAAGAAGUUACCUUGUGGGCAUAUUCUUCAUCUAGGAUGUUUGAAGAGUUGGCUUGAAAGGCAACAAGUAUGCCCAACAUGUCGAAGUCCUGUUGUAGAAACUCCUCAAGAUGCACAAGCCAAUGCCAAUCGAAAUGCAAGAGCUAAUCAGCCUGCUCCGGGUCAACAAGAUGGACCUGCAGGUGCACAACCACCAGCAGCUCCUGGUCGUGGCCGUGGAAUGCGUAUGCUUAAUCUUGGACCAAUCAGAGUAGGUUUUGGACAAGCGAAUCUUAAUGAUUUUGCUGGCCUUCAAAAUCCUCCAGGAGGUCAAGCAAACGGCGCAGGUGCAGGACCUAGAGUUUAUGGCUUGGAAUUGGGUAUCCCCCGUAGAGCUCAGCCUCAAGCCCAACAACCUCCUGUGAACACUGGAGAGCACAUCGCAGUACCACCUGACCAACUACAACAACAUUUAGAAGAACUCGAACAACAAGUCGCCCAGGAAAUUCGAAACUUGCAGUUGGCUCAUCAGCAGCUGUUGGUUGUCCAAUUGUUACAAGGCGAAUUAGCAAGACUGAGAAAUUUACAAAAUAACGUCUUGGAUCCUUUGGCCCCACACUUCCCCUUGCCGCAAUUACCCCAGAUUCCCAACUUUCAGAAUCCGCCACAAAUCCCCCCUUCAUUCAGUAGCCGAACAACAAAUCUGCCACAAAUUUACAGACAUGGUGUACGGCCCAAUACCUCAGCAAUACCGUCAGGUAGUGCUGACCUUCCACCUGGAGUUGUCAUACCAGAAGGCUGGUCACUUCUCCCGUUGGAAAGACUACACAAUGCCCAUUCACCUGGCCAAGCAGGAACAUCAGAGACAUGGACAGGACCUGCAGCAACAUCAACAUCCGAUGACCAGACCAUCGCCUCCACAUCUACACAAAAUGUAGUCAGCCCUAUAAAUGUGGAAGGUGAAACUUCUAACAAUAGCGCCACACCAAUUAAUACUGAACAUGCUCACUCGCAAGCUGAUUCGGUUGAUUCUUCUGAAACAGACGCCAAUGAUACUCCACCGUCUAUUUCGGCUGACCAAUCGACGUCUACAACUACUGCAUCUACAAAUCCAAAUCCAUUUGUUAAUCCUCCUAACUUACCUAAUUGGGGUAAUUCACAACUAUUUUCGGGAUCAACAUUGGCAGGUAAUCAAAACCUUGAUGGAGCUCGUUCACUGUCAACCUCAGCUCCACAUCAAGGAAGAGAAAAUUUAAAUCCUCAUGUUUCUCUUGAUGAGAUGGCAGGUACUGGUGAAUCAACUAGUAGUUCAGCGGAACCGAAUGAGCCAAGAUUAGACGAAGAUGGUGAGAUGAGGAGACGGGAGAAAGGAAAAGCCAAGGCGGCAACAGUGGAGGAUACAGUAGAUGGGGAGGAAUAA